AUGGAUGCGAUAGAGAAGAGUUCUGCUCCAGCAUCUGCCAACUGUCAGAGGAACCUUUUGAAACGCCGGUCGAUUUCUCUUAACACUCCAGUUCCACUUACUCAGGGGGAACUAGAACGGUAUGGCCGAGUUGGCCUGGUGAAACGACAAGUAUCGACUGAUGAGUGUGGACGGUUCAACGAGGAAUUUCAAGAAACUUCAUCCGGCAGUAGUGUCUCUACUAUUGUCCUAUCAAAAUUGCGAUCAUUUGGUCGACAAAUCCAUCGUCACAUGAUUGAGACGGUAAAUGUGACGAAUGAUGUCUCCCGAGGGAUUCCGCGUUCGGCGGUUGGUGAUAUCUAUUUUCAGAGUAAAAGCCCACUUGAAGUGAUUAAUAGGAAACCGGCGUCCCGACAGUACCGGAGUGCGAAACUCAGUCUAGAUCUAGAAGACACAUGGAAGUGUAUGCGGGUCAUAGAAAUGUCCCACGACCUGAAUGACAAUAAACAGAGUUGCUCGGUCUCCAAACUUUUGGAUGCACCACUUUUCAGAGAAUCUCCGGCUGAAGAUGUGUCGGUAAAAUCCAAAGCACCGACAGAAAGACGGCUAUCGACAUCGGCUCCACAUUUAGAAGCCUUUGAGCAGCACCACAGAGAUAAACAGAAAAAACAGACAGCUCCAUCAGCAGAAGAGUCCAAGAAAAUUAUUUCCAGAAAUGCUCGACCCAAAGAAGUGAAUUACGAUGAUCAGGGUCAGACCUGGGAAAUCUAUGGUGCUGAUCAAGAUCCCAAUGCCCUAGGACAGGCGAUCGAAAGUCACUUAGAAAAGAUGAUUCAGCGAAAGCAGAGAGAACAACGAUGUUUUUCGCUUGGAACCGAAAUUCCCCAUCAAAAUACUUGUUCCACAAAAUCCAGUUCUCGAGCCUCACAUACUGGGGAGCAAAUUUUACAAGCUGCAAGACGGCGUUUCCGUCGAAGAGCUGUCUCCUCUGUGACGUCAAAUUCCACGCACACCGCGAAUGAAGAGAGUCCAGAUCGAGAGACCCGUGGUAGACGCUCCAGACUUCUUAGCUACAUCAAUCGAAUUCUCAGACGAUCAUCUACAUCGGCUUUAUCUGCUCAUAGACACAAGCUCUUACAUCAGGAUUCCAUCAUGGAAAACAAGGACACGCCCUCUGGCAUGGAGAAAGCGGUGAUUUCUGCCACCUGA